AUGAAAUCACAUUUUAAAGGAGCUUUUGAGGUGAAAGUAAACAAAUCUGACAGUGAUAAGGUUUUCGAUCAUAAAAUUCCUACUAAUUGGCUGAACGUUAAAAAUAGCAGCACAGAACCACAUAUUGCAAUUAAAAUGAAAAUAAACAUGAAUAAAAGCACUUUUCAAGCCUUGUUUUCACAAUGUGAAAGUUUAAAUGUGCUCGUGAAGUUUAACCAUAAAGCGAGCUUUCUUUUCCGUGGUAGUAAAAGAAAAUGUUGGCGGAAAAUCAUAAAGCAAAAAAAUUUACAAACAACAAAGUCGGUGUCACUUGCAAUUGCGUCCUUUGUUGUGUUUCUGAGAGUGAAAUUGAAUGUGAAUUGCUUUAUGUAA